AUGCAAUCCGAUCCAACAACAGAUAAUGGAAAUUUUUCAGAGAGCUGGGUGAUGCGAAUAGAUGGUAUGCAAGCGGUCCGGUCAGCACGUUUCAGUCAAUCGAGUUGUUACCUGCCUUACGAUUGCCGACAACGGGCUCUCGUCCUGCAUUUGCUGUUCUUGUUAUUAUUUCUUCCGGCCGCUCAUUCGCUGACCUACUUUGUGGGAACUUCCGGUAACCAAAUGGGGAGAAGCACAGGACAAGAAGAACCGUUUCUUUCAAAAGAUGACAAACAAACGAUUGUAAUGUUCUGUCGUGCCGCUUUGUCGAAUCCACUCAACCGUGAGAAAGGCAACGAGAUUUCGAGAGAGACAAACGCAUUGGUUUCUAAGGUUCCACUCCUCCUGUUGAGCUUCAGUGAUGAUGGAUGCAACAUUCCAGGCCCUGCUCUUAUUCACGCUAUAUACAUUAGUCGAUAG